AUGGCCUGCUCUACCAACUGCCACUGCACCAAGCCCUGCACCAACUGUGCCUGCGACACCAAGUCGUGCUCCUGCGGACCUUGCAAGUGCGAGUCUUGCCAGUGCACCAAGGCUUGCGAGUGCGAGAAGAACCCCGAUUGCAAGUGUGAGACCUGCAAGUGCGAGGGAGCUUGCAAGUGCUAA